AAUGCAAUUUCGUUCUUCUUCCAUUUCCAUCUGAAAAUUUUCUUCUUUUUCUUGCAAUUUGCAAUUAGCAAAUGCAGAUCUGUCUGUGUGUGGGGCCUUCCAGCCAGCUGCUUUCGUCCCCACACACUUUGAAGCUCAUUCAUGGCUUCUCUACUCUACACCCUUUUCUCUCUCUUCUUCUCUCCCUCCUCUAUCUCCCCACCUUCUCAAUUUCUUCACUCACUCAACCACUACCACUCCCCGAAUCCCAAUUUUGAUGCUUCUUCUUCUUAACUUAACCCUUUUCACUCUCUUUCUCCCGGUUCCAAUUUCUAUUCCUUCUGCUUUCUGGGUGCUUGUUUCCAAGUCAUAGAGAGUGUAAACUAGAAGAAAAAUGGAGGACAGACCUUCUCUUAAGCUCACCCGCUAUUUCUUUCUUCUCCAGGCGUUACUCCUGCUCCUCUAUUUCCAUGGAACUAGCUGCAGCCCGUCGACUUAUCCAAUACGGCAUCUUUCAGAAGAGAAACCAAUGGAUGGGAUUUACCCCGAGAUUGCACCGAGUGGAAAUCCAAAGCCAUUUAUUCCUCUUCUUGCCCCAUCUCCAUUGGUACCCUUCACAAAUACCACUGUCCCAAAGUUGUCAGGACAGUGUUUAUUGAACUUUUCUGCAACUGAAACUUUGAUGAGUAUGACUGCCAUUGAUUGUUGGGCUCCUUUUGCACAACAGAUGGCCAAUGUUAUUUGCUGUCCACAGUUGGAAGCUACUCUUGCCAUCCUUAUUGGUCAGUCCAGUAAAGAUACUAAUGUUCUUGCUUUAAAUGGGACGCUUGCCAAAUAUUGCCUCUCAGAUAUUGAGCAGAUUUUGGUGGGGCAGGGUGCAAGUGACCGACUUAAGCGCAUAUGUGCAGUUCAUCCAGCAAAUCUCACUGAAGGGUCAUGUCCAGCCAAGGAUAUUAGUGAAUUUGAGAUGACCGUUGACACCUCUAAGUUACUUGCUGCAUGUAAUAAAAUUGAUCCUGUGAAAGAAUGCUGCAAUGCAAUCUGUCAGAAUGCCAUUUCAGAAGCCGCUACAAAAAUAGCAAUGAUAUCUACUGAUUUCUUGGGUAUGCCUGGAUCUCAAGUCUUGCCCGAACAAUCAUCUAGGGUUCGUGAUUGUAAAACUAUUGUCCUCCGAUGGCUAGCAAGCAAACUUCACCCUGCUAAUGCCAAGGAAGUUCUUAGAGUACUGUCCAAUUGUAAUGUGAACAAAGUUUGUCCUUUGGAAUUCCCAAACAUGACCUAUGUUGCCGAUGCUUGUGGUAAUGGGAUCACUAAUCAGACAGCAUGCUGCCUGGCCAUGGAAAGCUAUGUGACCCAUCUGCAAAAGCAGAGCCUUGUAACCAACUUGCAAGCUUUGGACUGUGCUGCAUCAUUGGAAAUGAAGUUAAGAAAGUCAAAGAUUACCAAAAACGUGUAUGGCCUAUGCCAUAUAAGCCUUAAGGAUUUCUCCCUUCAAGUUGGAAGUCAAGAGUUUGGAUGUCUUCUACCAAGCCUGCCUUCAGAUGCCAUAUUUGAUCCAUCUUCAGGGAUCAGCUUUGUUUGUGAUCUGAAUGACCAUAUUCCAGCUCCUUGGCCUUCUACUACAUCUCAAAUGACAGCUUCAUCAUGUAAUAAAACUAUCAAAAUUCCUGCACUUCCUGCAGCAGCAUCUGCUCAAAGUGGCCUUUAUAAUGAUGAUGUGCUACAUGUCUUGCUCAUUGCUUUCUCAGUGGCCCUCAUGAUGCUCAUUUAGCUUUUUUAUUGCUCUCUUUGGAGAAGACCGUGUCAAGUCAUCAUAAACAAGGAUGCCAUUUUCAUGAAGCUUAUGACAGAGUCUUGUAUCCUCAGAAGUUCGAUCCUUGUGAAUAUUUUUAGAUGUUCUGAAUGUGGGAGAAAUUUGAGUUGGAAAAAUGGUUUCAAAUUCCUAUUUGUUCAUUCUUGCCUGUCAAUGUAAUAAACCUUUUUGUAAAGAUAUAGUAGGAAAGUUGAGCAUGAUGGUGCAACGUUUGAGAUUGUGCUGUAUAUUUGCAUUGCCAUUGCAAGAAGCAAAAAGAUGGAUUUAUAUUACUUUUA